GGGAGCGCGGGCUGGGGUGGGCCCGGCCCGGGGCAGGCGGUGUCAUGGGGGGCGUGGGCCGCAGCUCGGCCCCGUAGCUCAGGGGCGGUGUAGGGCUGGGGUAUCAGAGCCGGGAGCAGCUGCCUGCAGCCUGGCUCUGGGGGUCACGGUGGGGCUGCAGGGCAGCGCGGCGCGGGCGGGGCCCGGGGCGGCCGGGAGGUCGCUGCACACAGUGCGCGGGGGGGCUGCUGAGGCCUGUGGACAGGCAGGUGUGUGACCUCAGUCCCACUGCAAAGAAAAAGCCCCGCCACGGUGCGACCGGCACCUGAGCUUGUGAAUUAACUCAUUUAUGGCAGCAGAGCACCGGCCCCCUGGUGCUCUAUAGUGCAUAGAAGAAGUAUGUGAGUCCAACAUGGAAGAGUUUAAAGAUGCAAGUCCACCUGAAGAAUUACUUGAUCACUUAAAGCUUUCUGAUCAGAAGUCUUCAGAGAGUGGCCCCAAAGAUGCACAGAAUCCCGAAAACGUUGAAAGUGGAUGUACACCAUCUUCAGCCAAAGAUUCCACAACAGCAGAUGAGCAUUUCCAUGACUGUCAUGACUCCUUAGAGACAAAAGAACCUGUGCUGGAUGAUGAAGGGAAUGUACAGAAUGAGACUAGCUCAAGGAGGCAGACAGAGCUAGAUGAAGAAUACUUACUAGAACUAGAAAAAGAUAUGCCAGAGGAAGAAAAGCAGAAAAGAAGAAAGGAAAGCACAACGCUGAAGGAGAAAGGAAAUGAGCAGUUCAAGAAAGGAGACUAUGGAGAGGCAGAAGACUCUUACACGAAGGCCCUGCAGAUAUGUCCAGCCUGCUUCCAAAAAGACAGGGCUGUUUUGUUUUCAAACAGAGCUGCCGCAAAACUCAAACAGGACAAGACAGAAGCUGCCCUAAAUGACUGCAGCAAAGCAGUGGAAUUAGACCCUAACUAUAUUAGAGCUUUGCUGAGGAGAGCAGAACUGUAUGAAAAAACGGAAAAAUUAGAUGAAGCUCUGGAAGAUUAUAAGGCAGUCCUAGAAAAAGACCCAUCAGUUCAUCAAGCCAGAGAAGCUUGCAUGCGACUCCCUAGACAAAUUGAAGAGCGGAAUGAAAAAUUAAAGAAAGAAAUGUUAGGCAAACUGAAGGAUCUUGGGAAUUUGGUUCUUCGCCCCUUUGGCCUGUCAACUGAAAAUUUCCAGAUAAAACAGGAUUCAUCAACUGGUUCAUACUCCAUCAAUUUUGUUCAAAAUCCAAACAACAAUAGAUAGCAUAGAUUUAAUCUCAUUCUGCUGGCUUUCAGGCUUCGUGACUGUGUGCUUGCACGUACCAGUAACAGAAUUCAGCAAAUGUUCUUCACGCUCUCAAGUGAAGAUAAGACUCAAGCAUAUUCAUUUCCCUGCUUGUAAAGUUAUUUACAGUGUGGAUGUAAAGCAAGUCGUUUGACUUCUCUUAGUGAUAACAGUGUCCAGUGUGUGACUUUUUUUUAAUUAAUUGUUUUUCUUCCCGUGCGGCGUUUGGCUUGUCCAACAGUCAGGGUCAUUAUUUUGGCCCAUUCAAUGCUGGCAAAACAAAAUUUCUAGCAAGCAAUUGGGUUGAAUGAAAAUGCUCACGCACCUGUAGCCAAGAACAACGCCUCAUAGUGUCUUGGGUGAUUAAUGAAUGCAGCAGAAGCGCUUCUCCCCACUCGGCAGGUGGGUGGGAUGGCAGCAGGCAUGGCCACAAGCCACUCUCUGCUCUGGAGUCAGUUUUCUUUGUAAUAAAGGCCUGGUAUUUCGGUUGGUUUGGUUUGUGAAAUUCUUGCCUUAUUUGAGUCCUUCCCAUGGUGGGGAUGGUGUUAGAAAUAACACAAAUAACACCAUUGCAAGACAUCCAUUUGAAGCAUUUGAUUUUUUUUGGUCUUGCUUAUAGCAAUAUCCGUCAAUUAACCUCAGGCCACCCUUACACCCCAGUUUGUUUGCUUUGUAUUCACAUUUCUGAAGGCAACAAGGAAAUUUUGUGCCUAUAUAUACACACACUUUGUAAUGGUACCAUAAAAUUAGUGACAUUUGCUUUUCUCAUAUUAAUUCAUAUCCAUAAUAAUGGUAAACAAAAAUGUUGAAGUUGAUUGCAAAAGAUCUCUAUAGUGCACCAGACCUUGAAGACCGUGAAGUAUCUAUAUGUAUAUAUAUAUAUAUAUAUAUAGGUGCUGUUGAAAUAGUUUGUUCAGACUUGGGAGAAGGGGUGUCUUUUGUAAUUACUACUUACUGGUUUUUAUAUCUAUGCUGAAAUGUUUACGUUGGAGGCGGAUUUUUCCGUUGUCUCCAUGCAGACUUCAAUACAUGAUCUAAUGAAAUCAUUAUUGGUGGCUCUCUGUUGGCUGUAGGUUGUCAUCUUAAAUUUGUUUCAGGAAGUCUCUCUGUGUGUACUUAAGGACUGAAAUGAUAGAGCUCCAGUCUUUACACUAAUACAGCUCAAAGGAAUGGUCUCUCAGGCUAAGGCAUUCUUGGUGCUUUAAUUUGAUUUUUCUCUCUGCAGCUGUUGAGGGGUUUUGAUUGUUAUUUAACUCUGUCCUGCUGCAUUUUUAGUUUUGACUUUGUGGUUACCUGUUUGUAAAUUAUCUCAAGUCUGCAGUGUAUGUGAAUUAAAAUGUCAUUGUCAAAAGAACAGAGAAGCCCUAAUUCAGAGCAAGGCCUCUGCAGCCCAUAAUAUCUGCGUAAUUAAAAUGUCACUUAAGUAAGUAACAGCCACCAGCCUCUAGGAUUUCCAUGUGCUGAAACUGUAACUAUCCUGUGCUUACUUGAGUAAAGUUUCUGAUGUGCAA